GGACAUGACUUGUGAAUCUAUUGAUGGAGAAGGUCUGGUACUCAUCCAGGAUUUCACUCAGAAUUUGCUUCCGGAAUCUUCCCGAGACGCAGGAGAAGAUCCACAUUUGGGCUCCAAACAAGUCGGAACUGAAGUGGAAAUGUCUGAUAUUCUUGUACCUGAUAUUUCUGAUGACGGUUGGAAAGUUCAAGGCAGAAAACGCAGAAGUUCCCGGAAAAGACCUGAACCAAGCGUCAUUAUGGCAACAACAAGAGGAUCAGACCUGCUUGAUCAGAAAGGUUUCUUGGGAUCAAACCCGUCAAUGAAACAGCCCUCCUCUAAUUUGAAUCCUUUCCUGGUGUUGGCCGAAAUAAGCGAAGAAGAUUUUCAACAAGCCACACUAAGAAGAUACUUGCCUCUCAAAAACUGAAAAUGCUGUGGCUUUAAGUUUAUUGUUCGCGACUGAUUUCUUCGUAUCAAUUUGCUAGCCACAAUGAUGGUAGACUGAUGGUGUUGAAUGAAGUAAGCUGCAUCUUCC